ACUCGUGUCGAAAUCACUUUCUCUUUGCACGUUUUGCGUUUCGUCAAAUUCAUGUCAAGUAUUUAUAUUAACGAAGAGGAAACAUCGUAAUAAAGAUCGGAACUAUAUUUGCAUUGACCUCAAAAUUCUUCGAGAAAAUUGAAAAAGAGGACCCGAGAAGGAACUGUUGGAUCUUACGAUAUGCAACUACUGUGAGACAAUCCUCCAUUAGAUACGUAUUAUUUUCAGAUUAUAAUCAAUAAGUCCCUUCGCAUAUAUCUACGGACGAGAUGUACAUUAGACUGUAAAACUAUUUUUUCAACCAUUCGAUUCUUUUCUAGCCGAUUCUUAUCUCUGUUUUCUAUCAAUAUCAUUUCAAUGUCGUCCGUUCGCAAACACUUUCCGACCGAAACAUCCCACGUCUAUGUACUCUAUGUGUAUACGUCGAGUUUAAUAAUUAAUCAUAAAGAUAAUUAUUAAAUAUCCCAUCGAUAUUAUCGUUAAAUAGCGUAGUAGUUAAGUAAUAUAUAAUCGAAUAUUAUAAUAAUUGGUAAUAAAGAAAUAUUCGUCUUCUACGUCUAUGUUUGUCUAAGCUCGUCCUAACUAAAAAAAAAAAAGAGAAAAAAAAAGAGAAAAAAAAAAAAGAAAAAAAAAAAAAGACCGGCGUUAGUUUUCUUUAGACGAACGAGAUAAUCGCGACUAAGCGAUUUCUCCUGACGUAAUCAGAAGGUAAUAAAGUGUGUCAAUGCCCUAAUACGUGCUGCAUAUGAAUAACUUCAGAUAAGAUUUUAAACUGAUAUUGUAAACUGUUUACCUAUCAAAUCAAUAAAUUUUGUUGUUUUAUUAACGUGAAAGAUGGUUACGUGAUUAAAAGAAUGAUUCGCGAGUAUUAUAUCCUUUUCUCUCACAAGAAAGAGCCAGAAACUUAUUUUGCAAAACUUAUGUAUAAUCAAAAUUGAAUUUAUAAUAUAACAAUAUUAAGUGAGAUCGAACGAAGAAUUUGAAAAGUACGUGUUUUUUCUCUGUCCCCCGUUGCCUCAUACUUCGCAUCGCGUUGCACACCCACGUCGUAUUAAGCAUCCUCCAUCGCGAACGCGAAUACCCCUCCAGUGAUGAUUGGUCAGCUAUAUAAAAGGUGACUUAACAUGAAUGCCAUUUGAUUAUCCAACUUUUCCCGAGGCAGACAGAUAUAUAUAUAUAUAUAUCGGUAUACUCAUUAAAAACUUUCCCUUUGCGAGAGAGGAAAGUGAAACUUUCGACCUAAAUUAUUUUCCAUAAGACAAGAAUUGCCGUGCAAAAUGACAAAGUAUCUGAUAAUUUUGGCAUUGGUGACAGUCGUUCUUGGAGUUGAAAAAUAUUCUACCAAGUACGAUGACGUUGACGUGGAUAAAAUUCUUCGAAACGAUCGCGUUCUUACCAAUUAUAUUCGGUGCAUGCUCGACGAGGGUUCCUGCACCGCGGAAGGUCGCGAAUUGAAAAAAAUUCUACCAGACGCUCUUGCUACAGAUUGUAUUAAAUGCAACGAGAGGCAAAAGGUUACAGCUGAAAAAGUUAUUAAUCAUCUUAAGACAAAAAGAUCGAAAGAUUGGGAUCGCCUGAUCACUAAAUACGAUCCACAGGGUGAAUAUAAGCAGCGCUUUGAAAAUUUGCACAACAGCAAGAAGAUUUAAGUAAGAAAUACGUCGGGUGAGACAGUAAGAAGAAUGAUUACGAGAUAUUCCUAAGAGAUAAUAAUAGCGAAAGUAAUCAUUUAGUAGUAAUAAAAUAUAUAUAUAUAUAUAUAUAUAUAUAUAUAUAUAUAUAUAUAUAUAUAUAUAUAUAUUAUACAGAUUCAAGACUGAAAUCGAUGAUUUUUCGAUAUGUCACUUUCUUUAAAAGAAAUUUUUCUCCCUCCCCCCACCCCUAUGUUUGUUCUCAAAUGGUACGCGUCUAAUGAAUUUGAUGAAGGUUUUAUUGACAUUGGUCAAUUCAAAAUUGACUUUAUC